GAAAUGCUCCGGUAUUUUUCUACUACGUCAGUAGUAGAAAGUAUUCUCUGUUUCGACUGGAUACGGGCUUUCAGGAAGUGUCUAGAAGUUCAGAAGGACGGUGUUAUGUGAAAAAGGUCUGUGGUGGAGGACCUUGUGGACAGCCAUGGCCGCAUCGCCGCAAUCCAUUUUCAUGAACUCCGCCGACCUCAUCAAGAGGGAGCCCCUGGAGUGCGGCGGCUUCGGCGAAGUGUUCCUGUGUUACCACAGGACGCACGGCCAGGUGGUCCUUAAGACGGUGUACACCGGACCCACGUUGAACGAGGGAAACAAGCGGUCGCUGGUGGAGGAGGGCACCCUGAUGCUCAAGCUGAACCACGAGCGCAUCGUCAAGCUGCUGGGGAUGAUUUUGGAGAAUGGGGCGUACUCGCUAGUGAUGGAACUGAUCCCCAAGGGCAACCUGCUCUCUUUGCUGCAGGAUGCGCCUGUAAGCGUACCACUAUCCAUCAAGGGGAGGAUUAUUCUGGAGAUCCUGGAGGGAAUGGUGUAUUUAACCAAGAAAGAUGUCAUUCACAAGGACCUGAAACCAGAGAACAUUCUGGUAGACAAGGACUUCCACAUCAAGAUAGCAGACCUGGGUCUGGCCACCUAUCAGACCUGGAGCCGGCUGACUAAGGAGGCGUCCCGACGGAAGAGCCGGAAGGGGGGGCGGAGCAGCGCCCGCACGGCGGGAACACUCUUCUACAUGGCUCCCGAGCACCUGGACAGCAUCCACGCGCGCUCCUCCGAGAAGUCCGACGUCUACAGCUUCGCUAUCGUCGUCUGGGUCAUCCUCGCCAACAAGGAGCCGUACGAGAAUGCCCGGAAUGAAGACCACGUAUGUCAGUGUGUGCGUAACGGUGACCGCCCGGAUGAAACGGCCAUUCCUUCUGAAACGCCUGAGGAGAUGAAAGCGUUAAUGAAGAACUGCUGGAACCACAACCCUAAGCAGCGGCCAACCUUUGCGGAGAGCUACAGUUCGUUCCAGCCCUUCUACAGGGACAAUUUGGAAAAAGAUGUGGAGCAAGAUAUUUCACAGCUCAUGGUGACGUACGAAGGGCCGAACCACUAUUUGGAAAUUAUGAAAUCCAUGUCCCUGGAUAGGACAUAUACAGAUUCUCCAGCGCCGCUGCGGAGCUCGGACAGCAUGCCCAUCGAGGCCAGCAUCGAGGACCUUCGGCUCUCGGAGCCCGGCAGGGAGGAUCCCCUGCAGACCGACGCCGGCCCCAUCGACGACAGCAGCCUGAAGCUCAAACUGGAGCAGGAGCUGGGCUACCACCAGCACGGCAGCUACAGCUGCCUGGAGCACCGCUCCCCGACGUCCCACCAAAGCCCCGCCCCCUACGCCGCAUCUUCCUGGAACGCCGCAUCUCCCUUGAACGCCGCACCGUUCUGGAACGGCCCCCUGGAGAGGGGCGUCCCGCUCCAGGAGUCCUCGGUCCAGUCCUGGAACAAGAAUGAGCCCGUCCCGCCGAUCGACUCGUACAGCACGCUGUCCAGUUCCAACUACAAGGCCUCGCCCAUAAGCCCCAUCCCUGGUGCGGGAGUACCCCCAGUCAGCCCCAUUUCGAUGAACCACUAUCAGCAAUACCACCGCCUCUACUCCAACCCGGCCAAUCCCACACCAGAGUCUGAUGUCACAGCUGGAAAAUACCACAGCAUGUCUGCUAAGAUGCCAUCUCAAGACACAGGAAGCCUGUUCAUACACAACGCCAGCGGGAUUCAGAUCGGUAACCAUAACCGCAUGAGUCUUCAGAGCCAGGAUUUAGGAUCUGGCAGCUACCAGCAGAGCAGCAACAGCUUGUACAAUGACCUUCUACUGCUGUACGAGGACUGUCCGGUGAGGGAGGAGCAUCUGGACCUCCUCAGGAAGAACAUAGGGGCCCAGUGGAAGUCCUGCGCUCGGCAGCUGGGACUGACGGAGACGGAGGUGGAGACCAUCGACCACGACUACAACCGGGAUGGGCUGAAUGAGAAGGUGUACCAGAUGCUGGAGAAGUGGAGGAUGAAGGAGGGCUUAGUGGGCUGCACCAUGGGAAGGCUGUGCCGCCUGCUCGGCAGCUCCAUCAGAGUGGACCUGCGCUGCGAGCUGCUUCAGCUCUGCAAAAGUCCCACAUCCCAUUGA